UGAAUUGCUGAUUAAUUGUGAUCCAACGCUGUUGCGCUAAAUAAUAAUAACAACAAUAAUAAAUGUCAGAUGAGACAUUUUUAACGAGCGUCAGAUCAAAACGAAGGAUUUAAAGAUUUAUUGAACCGACGAAAAGAUUUUUACAUUUGAUUACACAGUAGUAAAGUUUAAUAUCUUUAUAUAAACAAUGGAUGAUUCCUCGUUGCAAAAAGUAGAGCUGCAAACAGAUGUCUAUAUGGUAUGUUUGCAACAUGCCUUAUCAACCGAAAACUUUGAAGUGAUGGGUUUAUUAAUUGGCAAUUUUGCUUGUGGAAUUGCUAAAAUAUCAGCUGUUAUCAUUUUACGGCGUUUAGACAAAAAGAAAGAUAGGGUAGAAAUUUCUUCUGAGCAAUUAUUGAAAGCUGCUGCUGAAGCUGAACGAUUAACAGUAGAAUUAAAUCGACCUAUGCGUGUUCUCGGCUGGUAUCACUCACAUCCACAUAUUACAGUUUGCCCAUCACAUGUUGAUGUCAGAACUCAGGCUACUUAUCAAACAAUGGAUCACAGCUUUGUAGGCUUGAUAUUUUCAGUAUUUUCAGAGGGAAAAGAAUCAAAGGAACAUGAAAUCUUUUUAAAUUGCUUUCAAUCAGAUAAUGGUGAAGCUACAGAAAUACCAUUGGAAAUAGUACAUACUCCAGAUAUUUCAGAUAGAUGUUUGAGAACAAUGACAGACCUAUCAAAAAUUUUGGUACAGGAAGAAGAAGAUAUGGCUGAAGCUUGUAAAGAUCAUCCAGAUGUCCUUGCCAGUAUUCAUAAUAAUGCUGUCAGAACACGAGCGUUGAUUCAUAUAACAGAUAUUAUUACAAAGCCUUUGGUACAAACAUUUGAAAAGAGAAUAGCAUUGAAUAAAUUGCGUGCCACGCAUCUUCAAAGACAAUUACAGGAGUUACAGAAAAUGUGUAAUGGAUAAAUUUUUUUUAAGAGAAAAUGUAGUUAUAUCAUGAUAUAAAUUAAAAUUUAUUUGUGAGCAUGAAUAAUCUGUUCAUCAAAACUAUGUUGAGUAAUAAAAAUAAGAUUUC